GAAAGAAAGGACUCGGGACCCGGUCGAGACUCGUCGGGGGACACGAUUUUGACCCGAUUCACCGACAUAAACCUGCGCCAUUGACCCGGGAAACAGAUGAAUUUAACGACGUCACGGAGGAUUUUUACUCUAAUCUGAGACUGAGUCGCGUCGUGUGCAGCAGUCUCUCGGGGGCAUGGCCUUGUCGUUUUGCGGUAACGAUGGGAAAACUGCGUACAACGUGGACAACGGUACGCUGAACAACGGCUGCUUCGUGGACGCGCUCAACCUGGUCCCUCACGUCUUCCUGCUCUUCAUCACCUUCCCCAUCCUCUUCAUCGGUUGGGGAAGUCAGAGCUCGAAGGUCCAGAUUCAUCACAACACAUGGCUUCAUUUCCCCGGACACAACAUGAGGUGGAUCCUCACCUUCUCGCUGCUCUUCGUCCACGUGUGCGAGUUUGCAGAAGGAAUCGUCUCCAACAAGAUGAUGACGACGGAUCACCUGCACCUCUACAUGCCUGCGUUCAUGGGCUUCGUAGCAGCGACGACAUCAGUGGUUUAUUAUCACAACAUCGAGACGUCCAACUUUCCCAAACUGCUGCUCGUCCUCUUCAUCUACUGGAUUCUGGCCUUCAUCACAAAGUCCAUCAAACUGUGGAAAUAUGCCGAGUACAAAGUGGGUCCUGAGCAGCUGAGGUUCUGUAUCACAGCUCUGCUGGUGAUUCUGUACGGGUUACUGAUGGCUGUGGAGGUCAACGUCAUCCGAAUCAGAAAAUACGUAUUCUUUGCAAAUCCUCAGAAGGUGAAGCCGCCAGAGGAUUUGCAGGAUUUGGGCGUUCGUUUUCUGCAGCCGUUUGUCAACCUGCUCUCCAAGGCGACAUACUGGUGGAUGAAUCCUCUCAUCAUGGGAGCUCACAAACGUCCGAUCGAGCUAAAGAAGAUCGGAAAGCUGCCCAUCGCCAUGAGAGCGCUCACCAACUACCUGCGGCUCAAAGACGCCUACGAGGACCAGAGGACGGCCGAGGACCCGAAUCGAUCGCCGUCAAUCUGGCGCUCCAUGUACCGGGCGUUCGGACGUCCCAUCCUCCUCAGCAGCACCUUCCGUUACCUAGCCGACCUACUGGGAUUCGCCGGGCCGCUCUGCAUCUCCGGCAUCGUCAAGUACCUGAAGGAAGACGAUGCAGGGGCCACGUCAGAUGACAUGGAGACCUACUUUGGCGUCCACUUCAUGUCGUCCUCUAAGCUGCUGCAGAACACCUCGGUCCUGGCUGUUCUUCUCUUCCUGGCUUUGAUCCUGCAGCGGACGUUCCUGCAGGCGUCCUACUACGUUACCAUAGAGACGGGCAUCAACAUGCGAGGAGCGCUGCUGGCGAUGAUUUACAACAAGAUCCUGCGUCUGUCCACGUCCAACAUGUCCAUGGGGGAGAUGACGCUGGGCCAGAUCAACAACCUGGUCGCCAUAGAAACCAACCAGCUCAUGUGGUUCCUCUUCCUGUGUCCGAACCUGUGGGCCAUGCCAGUGCAGAUCGUGAUGGGCGUCAUCCUCCUCUACUACCUGUUGGGUAUUAGCGCUCUGGUGGGAGCGGCCGUCAUUGUGCUGCUGGCUCCGCUCCAGUAUCUCAUCGCCACCAAACUGGCCGACACACAGAAAAGCACGCUGGAACAUUCCACAGACCGUCUGAAGAAGACCUCAGAGAUCCUGAAGGGCAUCAAGCUGCUGAAGCUUUACGCCUGGGAGAACAUCUUCUGUGACAGCGUGGAGGAGACCAGAGGGAAGGAGCUCACCUGCCUCAAGACCUUCGCCUUCUACACGUCCAUGUCCAUUUUCAUGAACGCUGCGAUCCCCAUCGCUGCAGUUCUGGCGACGUUUGCUGUUCAUCACCUCAUCGAUAAAACGGGUCCCAGUCCGUCUGAGGCCUUCGCCGCCCUGGCUCUGUUCCACAUCCUGGUCACGCCGCUCUUCCUGCUCUCCACCGUCGUCAGGUUUGCUGUGAAGGCGCUGGUCAGUGUCCAGAAGCUCGGAGAGUUUCUCCAAAGUGAUGAAAUCGGAGACGACUGCUGGAGAAACGGAGACGUGUCCAUGUCGAUGGAAGCGGGAAAGAAACACUUUGGACCGACCAAAGCCAUCAACAGGAAACAUCCCGUGCGUUACCAGAUGGAUAACUACGAGCAGCCGACCCGGAGACUGAUGAGGCCGUCGGAGACGGAGGAUGUGGCCGUGAAGGUGAGCAACGGAUUCUUCACCUGGGGAAAUAACUUGUCCACGCUGUCGGACAUCAACAUCCGAAUCCCAACAGGUCAGCUGACCAUGAUCGUGGGACAGGUGGGUUGUGGGAAAUCGUCCCUGCUGCUCGCCAUGUUGGGCGAGAUGCAGACGUUUCAAGGACAAGUUUACUGGAGCAAGCUGACUGAAUGUGACAUGAACCACGAAGGCAACGUCAGUUGGUCAGAGACAGAGGAAAGUGACGAAGACGUCGGGAGUAAGAACAGAUACUCGGUGGCGUACGCCACUCAGAAGUCGUGGCUGCUCAACGCCACCGUGGAGGAGAACAUCACCUUCGGGAGUGCGUUCAACAAACAGAGGUACAAAGCGGUGAUCGACGCGUGCUCUCUGCAGCCCGACAUCGACCUGCUGCCUUUCAGAGACCAGACUGAGAUCGGAGAGAGAGGCAUUAACCUGAGCGGCGGACAGAGGCAGAGGAUCUGUGUGGCCAGAGCUCUUUACCAGAACACAAACAUCGUCUUCUUGGACGACCCGUUCUCGGCGUUGGACAUCCACCUCAGCGAUCACCUGAUGCAGGAAGGAAUCCUCAAGUUCCUGCAGGACGAUAAACGGACCGUGGUCCUGGUCACGCACAAACUGCAGUACCUCAUCCACGCAGACUGGAUCAUAGCGAUGAAGGACGGCUCUAUCCUGAGGGAGGGAACCCUGAAGGACAUUCAGACUCACGAUGUUGAGCUUUACGAUCACUGGAAGACGCUGAUGAACAGACAGGACCAGGAGCUGGAGAAGGACAUCGAGCAGGAGAGUCAAACAAUGCUGGAGAGGAAAACACUGAGGAGAGCGUUUUACUCCAGAGAGGCCAAGAAUGAUGAUGAAGAUGAAGAGGAAGAAGAGGAGGAAGAAGACGACGACAAUUUCUCUACAAUGACAAACAGGCGAUCAAAAAUUCCAUGGAGGGUGUGCUGGUGUUACUUGUCGUCUGGUGGCUUCUUCAUGGUCUUCCUCAUGGUCGUCUGUAAACUCCUCAAACACUCGGUCAUCGUUGCCAUAGAUUACUGGUUGGCCAUUUGGACGUCGUGUAAAACCAACAACAGCUCGUCCAACGCGACCAGACCGGACUGUCCCAUGGGGUCAGAGUACGAGCCUUACUACCUGCCCGUGUUCAUCGUCCUGUGUGCAGCUGGAAUCACUCUGUGUCUCGUCACCUCCCUCACUGUGGAGUUUCUGGGUCUUUCUACAGCAACGAACCUGCACCACAACCUGCUCAACAAGAUCAUCCACGCUCCCAUCAGGUUCUUCGACAUCACUCCUCUGGGUCAGAUCCUCAACAGAUUCUCAGCUGAUACCAACAUCAUUGACCAGCACAUUCCUUCGACACUGGAGUCGUUGACGAGGUCCACGUUGCUGUGUCUGUCGGCCAUCGGCGUCAUAUCCUCCAUCACGCCGGUGUUUCUGGUCGCACUGGUUCCUCUCGCCAUCGCCUUCUACUUCAUACAGAAGUAUUUCCGUGUCGCCUCCAAGGAUCUCCAGGACCUCGAUGACUCCACUCAACUUCCUCUGCUGUGUCACUUCUCUGAGACGGCAGAAGGUCUCACCACGAUACGAGCGUUCAGACACGAGGCUCGUUUUAAGCAGCGCAUGCUGGAGCUGACGGACACCAACAACACGGCCUACCUGUUCCUCUCUGCUGCCAACCGCUGGCUGGAGGUCAGAACGGAUUAUCUCGGAGCAGUGAUCGUGCUGACGGCAGCGGGAGCCUCCAUAUGGAGUUUACAUUAUGGUCUGCCCUACAGUGGCCUGGUGGGCCUCGGACUCACGUACGCCCUCACUGUCACCAACUACCUGAACUGGGUUGUGAGGAACUUGGCCGACCUGGAGGUCCAGAUGUCGGCCGUGAAGAAGGUCAACAGUUUCCUCAGCACAGAGUCGGAGAACUACGAGGGGUCGAUAGACGCCUCUCAGGUGCCUGAGAAUUGGCCAAAGAACGGUGAGAUAAAGAUCCAGGACCUGUGCGUGCGCUACGACCCCAUGCUCAAACCGGUGCUCAAACACGUCAACGCUUCCAUCAAACCAGGCCAGAAGGUGGGAAUCUGCGGCCGCACGGGCAGCGGGAAGUCCUCGCUGUCGCUGGCCUUUUUCAACAUGGUGGACAUUUACGAGGGAAAGAUCGUCAUCGACGGCAUCGACAUCUGUAAACUUCCUCUGCAGACGCUCAGGUCUCGACUCUCCAUCAUCCUCCAGGAUCCUGUGCUGUUCAGUGGAUCAAUAAGGUUCAAUCUGGAUCCAGAGAGAACGUGCACCGACGAUCGCCUGUGGGAGGCGCUAGAGAUCGCUCAGCUGAAGAACAUGGUGAAGGCUCUGCCUGGAGGGUUAGAUGCCAUGGUGACAGAAGGUGGUGAGAACUUCAGUGUGGGUCAGAGACAGCUCUUCUGUUUGGCUCGAGCGUUCGUCAGAAAGAGCAGCCUCCUCAUCAUGGACGAGGCCACGGCGUCUAUAGACAUGGCCACGGAGAACAUUUUACAGAAAGUGGUGAUGACGGCGUUCGCAGACAGAACGGUCGUAACCAUCGCACACCGCGUCCACACCAUCGUGACGGCCGACCUCGUCAUCGUGAUGAAGAGAGGAAACAUCAUGGAGUACGACAAACCCGAGACUCUCCUGGAGCAGGAGGACGGGAUGUUUGCGUCGUUUGUCAAAGCGGACAUGUAGGACGGACAUGUGGACGGACCUGUGGACGCAAACAUUGCCGUUUGUUUAUUUUUCUUUCUUUUUUUUUUAAAGGAAAAACUUGGAGAUUUGACAGAACUCUGAUAAUCUGCUCCACCACAGAUUAGAUUUAAUCUCAUUUUUGAUUGUUUUCUGAUCUUGGAUUAGCUUCAAUUUAAGACUAAAUUUAAAGAAAAUAAAGAAUCUUAACGUAUGCCGACA